GUGCCGUAGAAAUGAAUUGGUAUGAAAAAUAACUUAAAUUGAUAUGGAUGUGGUAGAAAUUAGAAUAGAAUAAUAAAGGAGUGAGCCGCCAAUCGAGGGACACGUGUUUAGGAAGCAGCAUGAUGGUGAGCAAGCAGAGUGCCAAAUCAUCAGGCCAAUUAUGCGACGUGUCACAAACCCAAAUCACCCACUACCCACAGCAUAAGAAUUUUUCAACAAAACACAAACCAAAGCCAAGGCCAAUAAGAAGGGAACGCCUAACACUAAUACUAAUACUAAUACUAAUACUAAUACUAAAACUCGCUGCCGUUUGGUUAAAAAAAAAAAUAGAGAAAAAAAUGGUGCGGUCUCUGGAGCCACUGGUGGUUGGCAGAGUGAUCGGAGAUGUGCUGGACAUGUUCACUCCGGCGGCCGACCUCUCCGUCAGUUAUGGCUCUAAACAGGUCGCUAACGGCUGCGAAAUCAAGCCCUCCGCCGCUUCCGAUGCUCCCACUCUUCUUAUUCACAGCCCCCUCUCCAACCACCUUUACACUUUGGUUAUGGUUGAUCCUGAUGCUCCGAGUCCUAGUGAGCCAACAUUCAGAGAGUGGCUUCACUGGAUUGUGGUGGACAUUCCAGAAGGGUCUGAUGCCUACAAAG